ACGGUUUCAGUUCGAAAGCAAGCUUCCAAGCAGACGGUCGCCGAUUCCAAGCCGCAGCUGAAAGUGAGUUACGAGUGAGAUUUAAGCCACGAUUCGAGUCGAAGUGAGUUGAGUACCGAGUGCAGUUAUCGUGGUCGGUGCCUGGAAGCCAAAGCAUCCAAUAACACACCCUACGCUCUCUUCUCGGGUCCCAGUUUCAAGCCAUCGGUGCGUCUCUAUCCGGAUUUCGCUGUUUUGAUAUAUCCAGUGGGUCGUAAAUCUUCGACGAACCGUAAAUUAUUAAAUAGCUCGCUACGUAGCGUGCUCAUAUUUUACAGUUGAGAGAGCUCCGGCGGAGGAAAACAGCCCCAAGAUUUCGAAAACAACGAAAAUGGUCUUCGACUGCGGAGUCUGGUGUGCAAAGUAUUUGCUUUGCAUAUUCAAUUUUAUAUUUUUCUUGCUAGGCACAAUUAUAUUUGGCGUUGGACUAUGGCUGGCCGUGGACAAGCACUCGCUGAUUGCUCUCCUCAAGCUGGUCGAGAGCGAGCGCAUUGAGCAAUUUACACAGCCCCAGGCCAUAGAGCAGCUGGCCUAUGUUCUGCUCGUCAUCGGAGCCGUCAUGUUCUUCAUGAGCUUCUUGGGCUAUCUGGGAGCCAUGCGCGAGUCCCGCUGUCUUCUGUCGACGUACGGCACCUUCUUGAUCCUUUUGCUGGUGGCCGAGAUCGUUGCCGGAGGACUGGGCGCCUUCUUCAAGGACAAGGUUCGGGCCGAGAGCAAAAACUUCUUGCAGACGACCAUCACCAGUUACUCGCUGGGUGAGAAUGUAGAUGCCACCUCGCUGAUGUGGAACCAGCUGAUGGGCAACUUUGGAUGCUGUGGCAUCAAUGAUUACCGUGACUUCGAGGCCUCACCAGCGUGGGUGAACGGCAAGGGUAACCGCACCAUUCCGGAUGCCUGCUGCAUUCUUAAGGAUGUGGCCAAGCUGGUGCCACGCGACGAGGACUGUGUAACCAAUCCCAGCGACAGCAACAGUUUCUACAAGAAGGGCUGCUAUGAGGUCUUUACUGAAUGGCUGAUUCGGCAGCGUGAACUGGUCAUCGUGGCCAUUGCGGUGGGCAUUGUCCAUCUGGUCCUCAUCAUUCUGGCCUUUGCCCUGUGCAAGGCUUUUGCCAAAUACAACGACAUGCGUCUGUAAAUCUCAGAUGGCGAGCAAAUCAACGGAUGUUGUGACAGUUUUCAGAGUUAGAAAUGUAGACGUAGGAACGAGCCAAAACAGCAGGACAGUGAAGAGCGACGAUCCCUCCUAGAAAUCCCUUUAAAAAAAGAAGUAACAAGAAAAACAACACCCUACCGAACACCGCGACGUGCUCAAUGGAAACAAAAUAUAAAAUUUCUGCAUUUGCCGCAUGAAACGGGACAGAGACACUUAUACACACAGUUUAAUACAGCUCUCUACUCUAACGAUAAGCUAAGAUCAUAGCCACAGCAUAAUCCAUUUACCGAUAAUAUUCAAGAUAUAUUCAAGAUGUCUUACAAGAAAAAUGUUGCUCAAUGUUUUGCCAGCAAGAAAAAGCAGAUCUGAAGGAAAUCUGAAAGGUUUUACGAAUGAAACUCACACCCACUUGGAAUAUUUAUUUGUGAAUCUGUUUUGAUAGCAGUUUUAGUUGUUAAGUAGAAAACUACAAUAUCCAUAUAAUAUUGUAACUAUUUCUUAGUCUAUUUACGAUUUUGUUAUGCAAUCAAGGAAGGCGUUCGAUCGACAAACCACUCAAAAACAUCACAGAAACCACAUAAAUUAAGUCGCAAGAUAAACAUACAAAUUUGGAGAUUGAGCGAACCAUGAAAUCAAUUUUGAAUGAUAACUUUUAACGAGGCAUUAAGUUUGGAUGCCGCAAGAAGCAUUACGCCCAUAAUAAAAUACAAGUAUGCAUAUACAAUACAAAAUAUCGAUUGAAAAUGAUAAGAAAAGACAACAACAACAACAAAAAAUAAACAAACGAAAUGGCAUUGACAUUAUACUAGUAUGUGUAUUAGUUAGUAAGUCUCUAACCUUAAGUUGUAAUUUUAGUUGUUUUUGCUAUGGCUAUCUUCGAGUUUUUAACUACAUAUGCCGGGGUCAUGCGACGUUGUGGUCCCGGUCCUUUUGUUAAAAAUGAAUGUUGUACAUUUUUGAAUUCUAUAUAUACAUAUAUAACUAUUAUUAAUGAAUAUUAUAUACACGUAUGUCUGUAGUUUACUUAAUGUACUUUUUGGAAACAGAGCAAUGAAAAGCCCUAAAACGAAAUCAUAAAACUAAAAACAAACUCACACACAUAAAAACGGUAAAUUUCCCAUGAACGCGAGGCAAAAAACCCAAUUUAAAGAUGUACAUUUCUGAACGUGAAUGAAAAAGUAAUUAAAAUAAAGAAAAAUUAAAUCAAA